AUGAAUCUGAAGACGCUAAUACUUCACGAUCUGAACGAAGAGGUUGCCCUGGGGGGGAUGAAUUCCGGUCAGUACCGGAGCAAUACCCCUAAUCUCGAGUACAUUACCAUGCCUAUCGUUGCGCCCAUCGGGAGUCCCAAACGUCUCGCCCAAGAGAUGGUCCGGUGCUGUCCUAAACUAAAAGGCGUCGAACAAGUGUAUGGGAUCGAGGGCGUGGAGAUCUGGGAGACCAUGUUGUGGCUCUUAGAGGCGCUCCCCGAGAAUCAGCUUUGGAACAUAGUGGAGCGCUUGGAGGUCCAAUGGUCGAUGAGGAGAGAUACCCGACAACAGCUAUGUCUCGAGCUGGGGGAUUCUGUUCAAGUUCCUUGGGCUUGUACCGGACUGAAGGACUUGACAUUCACAGUCGCCAUCCCGGACCAGCCAUUGCACCAACCUCCUGACGGCGUCGUAUCCUACUACAACCGAGCAUCCCCAACAACACUGUCUGAGGCAGAGACACAUCAAUUUGGGUUACUCGAGGUGCUCUACCGCCAGAUCGGCGCGCUGACAGAGUUGCACACCCUCGAUUUACGCGCCAUCUUCUACGACCCACAAGACCAUCGCCCACUAACAAAGACCACCGCCAAAUCUUCUUCCCAGGCUUCCUAA